AGCUCCCAGGUGCUGAACACACCUGCCGUGAAUAACAGCGCCUAAGAAAAGCGUUCACUGCUCCACCGCUACACACACACACACACACACACACACACACUCACACUCACACACACACACUCACACACUCACACAAUGCGAACCAUGACAUCGGGGGUCUCUUGGAAACUUUUUCUUCUGACUUUCUUCCUCCUCGAUCUUGGGUCGUCCCAAGAUUUCGGCCAGGCCCGGUUUAUUUGUACUUCUGUGCCGGCGAAUAUGGAUAUGUGUGCGGCUACCAUGCAGAACAGCGGGCCGGCAGAGGACCUGAAGACCACGGUCCUGCAGCUGAGGGAGACGGUCCUGCAGCAGAAGGAGACUAUCAUGAACCAAAAAGAAACGAUUCGGGAGCUGACAGCCAAGCUGAGCCGAUGCGAGAGUCAGAGUAUAACAGACCCGGGCGAGACCAGAACCGGUUCGAGGAGAAAGGAGACGGGCAAGAACACUAUGGGGGAUGUAUCGAGGACUCCAGCAGAUACGUUAAACCAGCUGAGUCAAACUUUACAGUCACUCAAACAGCGGCUAGAAAACCUGGAGCAAUUCACCAGGAACAAUAAUUCAGCCCAAGCUAACAACCUGAAAGAUCUACUCCAGAAUAAAAUCGAGGAUCUAGAGAAGCAGGUGCUGUCCCGUGUGAACAGCAUGGAGGAAAGCAAGCCCGGGCAGAAGAACGAGACGGAGCAGAGAGUGAAGGUGGAAUCCACGCUCACAUCCCUGCACCACAGGAUCAGCGACCUGGAGAAGGGUCAGAAAGAGAACCGUCCCGCAGAUAAGUUCCAGCUGACGUUCCUCCUGAGGACUAACUACAUGUAUGCGAAGGUGAAGAAGAGCCUGCCCGAGAUGUACUCCUUCACAGUGUGCAUGUGGAUCAAAUCCAGCGCCUCCCCCGGCUUGGGCACGCCCUUCUCCUAUGCAGUCCCGGGGCAAGCCAACGAGUUAGUGCUGAUCGAGUGGGGAGACAACCCCAUGGAGAUAAUCAUUAACGACAAGGUGGCGAAGUUACCGUUUGUGAUUAAAGACGGGAAGUGGCAUCACAUCUGCAUCACCUGGACCACGCGCGAUGGCGUGUGGGAGGCGUUCCAGGACGGCGUGCUGCGGGGAAACGGGGAGAACCUGGCCCCCUACCAUCCAAUCAAACCACAGGGAGUCCUGGUGCUGGGUCAAGAACAGGACACGCUGGGCGGAGGGUUCGAUGCCACACAAGCGUUCGUGGGCGAGCUGGCUAACUUCAAUAUCUGGGACAGGAAGCUUUCCUCAGGCGAGAUCUACAACCUGGCCACCUGCAACAGCAAAGCCCUGGUGGGGAAUGUCAUCUCCUGGGCCGAGAGCAACGUUGACGUCUAUGGAGGCGCCACCAAGUGGACUUUUGAAGCAUGCCGUCAGAUCAACUGAGCUGCAGCACAAGCAGAAAGCAGGACAGCAGCAUCUCUCCCGGCUUUAGUGUCCUCUUUACUUACUUUUUUUUUUAAAUCGGGAAUUCAUAUAUAUAUAUAUAUAUAUAUAUAUAUAUAUAUAUAUAUAUAUAUAUAUAUAUAUAUAUAUAUUUAAAAAUGAAUUUAAGUGCAAAGAAAGAAAGAAAAAUCAGUCACCUUGUCAUAAGAAAAUCACUCUUUUUUUAGUUUUGUUUUGUCUUGGAAACUUGUGACUAAAGACGCCUCCUCCUUUUGAACUGUAAGCACUUCUGCUGGUGAGCAGAGUUCCAAUCCGAGGGCUCUGUCAACCCUAUUGGAGAAGAAGCUGGGCAGCUACACGCCUUAUCCUGGACAGCUAAUCAACAGCAAGGGCGGGCUUCUUCCCCUCGUUUCCUAUCGAUCGUGUGACAGGCAGUGUUGUGUUAGUCAGCCGUGAUCACUUCUCAAUUUUUUCCCCUAGAACUUGCACUGUGAAUGAAAUGUGAACCAGAAGAUGAAAGGUUGAUGCGAGGACUAAGUGAGAUUGACUCGAUAUUCAUUUGCUGACUUGCUUUUUAUUAGCUUUCUGUGUUUAUGCCGUAAUGAAGUUUAAUUGCCAACUAAGUUUAAAGCCUGGGUGCCUUGGGCUGGUACAAAAAAUUCAGCACAUUUGUUUUAAUUUGCAAAUGUUUUUUUUAUUUUUUAUUAUUAUUGAUAUUAAUAAAUGUAUUCAAAGCAACGUGUUCAAGGCCAUGGUGUUUGUACUCUGUAUUAGGAAUGUUAUCUACAAAAACAGCAUGAAUGAAAAAUGGAACAGCAGCAGCAUCACCAGAUCUGCUCUCACUGUCCUUGUGGGGUUGGUUUUUUACUGUAUUGUUAUAUGCUCAAAGCAUGGAAACACUGAAAGACUAUCAAAUUUAAAUUUUGUAAUAAAAUUGUGAUAUAUUA